GCAUCAAAGGCCCAAACAAACUGUCACAAGCUGCGCGUGCAUGUGGAGCACGUGCGCGCCUCGCCAGAAGGUCCCGGAAGUGACUAGCCCGGGCGCCACCACCACAACAGCGAGGGACGCAGUUCGGCAACAGAGCGAGGAACCCUCUUCACAAUGGCGAGCCAGGACCCAGUCAACCAUUCACAUGUUGCGUUUGACCACUUCGUACAAGCACAGGACUGCAAAGAUGUGCAACGGUACUUUGAUGAACUUUGUCAGCAGCUGGACAUCAAUUCCAAGGAUUUUAGGAGUUUCUAUAGCAAGCUGAAAGAAAGACUCAACUACUGGCGGGCAAAAGCCUUGUGGACAAAACUGGACAAGAGGGCCUCUCACCCGGACUACCAGCAAAGAAAAGCCUGCACUAAAAACAAGUGUCUCAUCCUGGGGGCUGGGCCAUGUGGGCUGAGGACGGCUAUUGAGCUCUCCUUGCUGGGUGCUCAGGUGGUGGUGUUGGAGAAGCGAGACACUUUCUCGAGGAACAAUGUUCUCCAUCUGUGGCCCUUCACCAUCUGUGACCUCCGUGGCCUCGGUGCAAAAAAGUUCUAUGGAAAAUUCUGCUCCGGCUCACUCGAUCACAUCAGCAUUCGUCAGUUGCAGUUGAUUCUUUUAAAAGUAUCGCUUCUUCUCGGCGUGGAGGUUCACACAGGAGUGGAGUUCCAGGGUCUGAUUGAACCCACAACAGAGAAAGGAUGGAUGGUCAAAGUUCAGCCUGAGACUCAUCCUGCUUCAAACUACCAAUUUGAUGUUUUCAUCUCUGCUGGCGGAGGCAGGUUUGUCCCUGAGGGAUUCAAGCACAAGGAGCUGAGAGGUAAACUGGCCAUCGGCAUCACGGCCAACUUUAUCAACAGGAACACGACAGCGGAGGUCCAAGUGGCAGAAAUCAGUGGCGUGGCCCGUAUCUACAACCAGAAAUUCUUCCAAGACCUGCUAACCGAGACUGGUAUUGAUCUGGAGAACAUUGUAUAUUACAAAGACGAUACUCACUACUUUGUCAUGACUGCCAAAAAGAUGAGCUUGCUGAAGAUGGACGUCAUCAGACAGGACUUUAGCGAAGUGGAGGAUUUGCUAGCUCCAGCCAAUAUUGAUCAGGAGGCACUGCGUCGUUACGCACGUGGCGCCGCCUACUUCUCCACGGGGGGCAAAUUACCAGAUUUGCAGUUUGCGCAGAACCACGCCGGCCAGCCGGAUGUGGCCGUGUUUGACUUCACGUGCAUGCAGCGAGCCGAGAAUGCCUCGCUAGUUCGGGAGCGCAGGGGCAGGAAGUUGUUGAUGGGUCUUGUUGGAGACUGUUUGGUGGAGCCUUUCUGGCCUCUUGGGACUGGUAUUGCUCGUGGAUUUCUAGCAGCCUUCGACACAGCAUGGAUGGUGAGAAGCUGGGGCAAUGGUGCCCCUCAUCUUAAGAUCCUAGCUGAGCGAGAAAGCAUCUAUCAGGUCCUAUCACAAACCACACCUGAAAACACCAGCAAAAACUACGCGGCUUACAGCAUCGACCCCAAAACACGCUACAUGAGAGUCAACCUCUCGUCCAUCCAGACCAACCAGGUGAAGCACCUUUACGAUAUUGAUAAAUCCAAUUCAUCCAGCAAGAAACAGAAGAACAGGUGGUCGUAUGAUCGUCAAGAUUCAGUCAGCGGUUUUGAGGAGUUGUUAAAAUGGUGCCAGAAACACACCUCCGGUUACAACAAUGUGGAUGUCAAAGAUUUCACUAAUUCUUGGAGGUCUGGGCUGGCUCUCUGUGCUUUGAUUCACCACUUCAGACCUCACCUUAUUGAUAUGAACUCAGUGAAUGCAUCUAAUUCUGUCCACAAUCACCAACGGGCCUUCACUAUCUUGGAGAAGGAGCUUGGCAUUCCACCUGCCAUGUCUGCCAACGACUUUGCCAAUGGCGGUCAGAUAGACAAACUGUCUAUGGUUCUCUACCUCACCCAGGUUAAAGAUGCCUUCACUGUGCCGACAUCAGCGACAGAGCCUACAGGCUUCCUGCCUUCUUCCAAGCCUCUGACUCUCUCCCCAACAUAUUCAGCUGUCUUUUUUCUCAACAAACUGAAGCACAACUCUCUGCAAAGACGCAAGGAGAAAUUGGAAGCUGAGAAGCAGCAAGCAAGAGAAAACAAGAUAAGGAUGGGAGAAGACGACUGUUCUGCGCCCCCUACUCCUCCUGACCUCAAUCCGCCACCAGCACUUCUGCCCGAGCCCGAGCCCGAGCCUGCUUCUGUGUCCCCGGCCAACAGCAACGAAUGCUGUAUCUGUGGCGGUAGAGUCUAUGUGCUGGAGCGCAUCAGCGCUGAGGGCAAGUUUUUCCAUCGCAGCUGCUUGACCUGCCAUCGCUGUGGGAUCACGUUGCGAUUGGGAGACUACACCUUCCAUCAGGCCACAGGGAGAUUCUACUGUGAGCUACACUCAGAGGAGCUGGUAGACGCAGCUGGACUACCAUCAUAUAAGGGAAGUAAAGAAAAUGAAGAGAACAGACUUCCCAACAAAGAUUACACACCAUCCCCGUCACACGAGGAGUACGAGCACACAACAGACUGCGUUCUUCCACAGCCGUUUACUUCCAACAGACAGGACCAGCAGCUACCCGAUUCCAAAGAAGAUCCUCCGGCUGCUGACCAACACGCAAAAGUUGAGCACAUCGACAGAGAUCCCGCAGCGCCUUACCCUCUCCCAAAGCCCCGCCUCUCUCGACAGACGCUUCCCACCCCUCACCCCAUUUCGCCAGUAGUAAAACCUCGCACGGUUCACCUUGUCAUCCCUACAACUCCAAUAAGUAGUCCACAUUCAGCCGCAGACCAAGAGAUAUCCGAACCCGGUCCUGACUCGCGCCCCAAACAGUCACUACGUAAACUGAAGCUCUCAGACGAAGAGAAGAACCAGCUGGUCAAUCUUUUAACCUUCACCGUAGACUCUGACUCUGAGACCCGGGGAGGCUCGUCGUCUUGCUCCUCCUCCUCUGUAACGGCAGGAGGUCAGAGUCCUCCAAAACCAGAGGAAGGACAAGAAGAGGAGGGCUAUUGGAGCGGGAGUACGGCUGGUCAAAUUUGGGAAAAAAGGAACCGACGCUGCUUCAAGAGAAAAGAGGUGCCGGGUGGGCAGCCCAGAGUACGAUCCAAGUUCUCCCCCUGGAAUCUGUCCUCGCCGAGGAUCAGCACUCGACUCAGCGUUCACCCCGGGAGAGUCGAAACAACUUUCAGACAUGUUCACAACACCUCGGAAGAGAAUGCCGAUGGAGACGAGGAUGAAGAGGAUGAAAUGUUUGAACAGGAUGAUAUUGACUUAUUGGAGGAGAAGUUUCAGACGUUAUCAUCGGACCCUGCGGAUGCACAGAAGGUGGAAAUGAUGAAGAUGAGGACGUUGGAGCGGCGGGCAAAAAUGAGCGAGUUACAGCGACUACGCCAAGCACAGUCAAUCCAGAGAAGGCUGGAAGAGAUUGAAGUGACUUUCCUGGAUUUGGAGAAGAAAGGCGUAGUGCUGGAGCGAACCUUGCGAGGACAAGCUAACAUUGACAGCUCCCCUGACCUGAUUGAACAGUGGAUCCAACUCGUCCAUGAGAAGAACAUGUUAGUCUCGGAGGAGUCUGACCUCAUGGUGGCGUCUCGACAGCUGGAACUUGAAGACAAGCAGAGCAUCCUGGAGUUGGAGCUGAGGAAAUACAUAGACUUGGAUGGUGUGUACCGUUACAAGACACCAGAGCAGCAAGCUGAAGAAGAACGUGUUCUGCAGCAGAUGAUUGAGGUGGUGGACAUGCGCGACUCUCUGGUGUCCUUUCUAGAAGAGAAGAGGCUGAAUGACAUGCAAGAAGAGCAGAAGGUCCUCUCGGUCAUGGAGGCCAAGCGCCAUUCCAAUGUGGGAGCUCAGGUUCAAUGGGAGUAAUAUUUCCUUCACACACACACACACACAUACUCUCACACACACACAUACACAAAAUGUGUCUGAAAUAUUCCAAAGCCAAAGAAGACAACAUUGAUGUUGGCUCAUCUUUAAGGAGCAAUGACAAGCUUUGCGAGUCAGAAGCUUGAUUCCUCACCUGAGGGAGACAUCAGCUAGCAGAUCUGAGGCCCCUGCCCACGUCAUUAUAGUUGAUGUGGCUGCACUGUUGAACAAACAACAGAUAAUCAUUGCGCAGUGAGGGACCUGACCUGGAUUUGUGUCGUAAACAUGCCGAGACAAAGCGGCAUGAAAUGAGAGCUUUAUGCCCUCGCUGGCUUUGGCGAUGAAGGAUCAAGAUGGAGGGUUGGAAAAAUAUUCAUAUUGACUUUUCCAUUAUUCUAUUGCACACUGAUAAAUAACCCACACUCUUUGCUUGGUACUUGUAUAUUAAAUAAAACGUGGGUGGGGAAAAACUAAAAAGGCAGUUGAUCUGUUAAAUGAAUUUACAGGGUGGCUUAUUUUCUCAUCAUUUCCAUUUCAUCCAUGAAGCUGUGACGUAUUAACUGUUGGAGUUCUCCCCGAUAUGAUGUUAUGACAUCACUCACUAUGAUGAAUGCUGUUCAUCAUCAAGUGUUGGGGAAAAGUGUCCAAAAGCAAGUCAACUGUCCAACGGAGCCAUCUUUAUUCACUGUGGUGCUGUCUGCACAGCAUGUCAAAUAAAGUUCAUGCACUUUGCUAAUAUCAUUUUUUUCUCAUUUACCUCAGUGAACUGCGUCUUUAACAAAUAGCCAACAUCGAAAGACCCUUAAAGGUACUGCCCCUCUUGAGCUCCAAACUGUACAAAAUGUUUUUCAACUAGAAAAUAUAACAACAAAACUGCCAGCUAGCAUAUGUUAGCAACGGUGGUGUAAAAAAAACAGGUUGAAGAAAUAAAUGUCUAUAUUUGAAGUUAAAGAUAGUAGAUGGCCGAGGGUGGAAUUGAACCCUGGUCUCCUAGUUGUGAGGUCUGUACGCUAACCAAUCGACCGCCGUGCCACCUGUGAAAUUUUUAUUGUUUUUUUUUAUUUUUAUUAUUAUUAUUCUUUUUUUAAUUGUCCAAUAUUAUUGUGACCAUUUUUUUUCAGACCAAAUAAUGUUAUGGUAAUAUGAAACAAUUAAUAAUAAUAUAGCAUAUGUUAGCAACGGUGGUGUAAAAAAAACAGGUUGAAGAAAUAAAUGUCUAUAUUUGAAGUUAAAGAUAGUAGAUGGCCGAGGGUGGAAUUGAACCCUGGUCUCCUAGUUGUGAGGUCUGUACGCUAACCAAUCGACCGCCGUGCCACCUGUGAAAUUUUUAUUGUUUUUUUAAUUUUUAUUAUUAUUAUUCUUUUUUUAAUUGUCCAAUAUUAUUGUGACCAUUUUUUUUCAGACCAAAUAAUGUUAUGGUAAUAUGAAACAAUUAAUAAUAAUAUAGCAUAUGUUAGCAACGGUGGUGUAAAAAAAACAGGUUGAAGAAAUAGAUGUCUAUAUUUGAAGUUAAAGAUGCUAAAAAGCGACUGACACUUUGAAGUUAAUUGCGUUACUAUGUGUUGCUAUUCAAGGGUAGCUAACGUUAUUAGCUAAACUUUGCCAGAUUGCUGCUGUUAGCUAACAUUGCUCAUGCACGUGUGUGUGUGUGUUGCGUGGGGCUCGGCUCGCAGUGUUGGGUCAGUUGGUGGAAAGUAGUAACUAGCCAAGUUAGACAGGGCUAAUAUCCAUUUCAUAUAAUAUAUGAAUUUUUGAUGGACAUGACUCACCACUGUCAAAGAGAUGAAUCGUUCAUGAACAGCCCAUCACUAUUGUGUAUGACACAAGUU